AUGAUCUUUGAGCUAAUAAAGAAUAAUUCUAAAAAUCUACCAUCAUGGCGUCAAGGUAAUUCUGCUGUAUUUACUCAAAUCAGAUCUUCUACCAAAAAAGCUGCUGGUUCAAGAACCUCCAUGAAAGAUUCUGCAGGUCGUCGAUUAGGUCCAAAAAAAUAUGAAGGCCAAAAUGUUAAAAUAGGUGAAAUUAUAAUGAGGCAGCGUGGUACAAAGUUUUAUCCUGGCGAAAAUGUUGGUAUUGGUAAAGAUCAUACCAUAUAUGCCAAGGAGCCUGGUGUAGUACGUUAUUAUUUGGAUCCUUUUCAUCCAAAAAGAAAAUUCAUUGGUGUUUCAUUAAGCCGUGAUAUUAGAUUGCCAACUCCACAUUUUGAACCUACUGUUAGAAGAUUUGGCCACUUAUUAGUUUCUAAAAAAAAAAAUCCAAAGCUUUACAAAGAGGUUAGUGAAUUUUUACCCAGAAAAACAGAAUUAGCUAAAGAUGAUAUUCUAAAAGGGUUACAGCAAAGAGAAGAAAAUAGAACAAAUCUAAGGAAUAUAUUUAAAACUUUCUUACAAGAAGAAAUAAAGCUAGAUUCUAUCAAGAAUGAUGAAGAUUUAGAGCUGUGUUUAGACUAUUUAAUCCGUCUAAGACUCUGUUUAAAAAAUGGGAUACCUUUAUCUGAAUCUCAAUUCAAUGCAUCUUAUUAUUUAGAGACUUUACAAAAAUUACAAAAUAGAAGAUUAAAGCAAUCAUCAGAAGAAUUGACUCAACAACAAGAAAAGUUAAACCAAUUAACUAAAUUAAUUAAUCAAUCAAUUUCAUUUGAUAAUAAUUUUAACAUUGUUAAAUUCUUAUCCCAAUCAGAUAAAAAUCAAUUAAGAUCCAAAUUAAUUGAAAAUUUGAAAGCUCUAAAAUCUGAAUCUAAAUAUAAGGAAAUCCAACAAAUUUUUGAUAAGAGUAAAUCAACUGAAGGCGAAGUUCCAGUAUCUAGUUAUUUGACUAAAUCGGAAGAAGUGUCUUUACGUAACAAAUAUUUAUAUGCUGUUACCAAUGAGAUUGUUAAUCCAACUUUAGAGCAACUAAAGGAACUACAAAAGAAGAAUAGUAGCAACAAGAAAAACAAGAAAGUUAAGAACAAGACUGGUGAUAUACUAAUCAAACGUUAUAAUUAUGAAACACAUCACGUUGAGAAUGUUAUUAGACAACGUCCCAGUCUAUAA